AUGCAGAGGUUCAUUCUCUUGCCAUUGCUCGCCCUUACGGCUUUGGCGGUCUACAAGAUUGUGUCGAUUGUCGUUACGAGAAUUCAGAAUGCUUCGAAAUCACGACAACUCGGCUGCGAAGACCCUCCUGCGGUCGCUGACUGCGGCUUCAUGGGACUGAAGCAACUGAAGGAUAUCCAAGCCGCUGACAAGGCACGCAUGUUCCCCGACUUCCUCGAGGACCGCCAGAAGAAAGUCAGCAAACAGCAUGGCCGCGAGGUCUCGACCUUCACAUACAAUGUCAUGGGCCAGAAGAUCUAUUUCACCAGCGACCCGAAGAACAUCCAGGCUUUACUUGCGACGCAGUUCCAAGACUUCGGUGUCGGUUCCGUGCGCUUUGCCAUCAUGGGCGAGGUGCUUGGUGAUGGGAUCUUUGUGCAAGAUGGCAAGAAGUGGGAGCACAGCCGUGCACUGCUGCGACCCAACUUCGUCCGCGAACAGAUCAGCGAUCUUGAUAUGGAGGAGCGUCACGUCCAGAGCCUUCUGAAGGUCAUGCCUGUGCAGAAAGACGGCUGGACCAAGUUCACCGACAUCCAAACGCUCUUCUUCCGACUCACCAUCGACGCUGCGACGGAGUUCCUCUUCGGCGAGAGCGUCGACUCCCAACUUGCUGAAGCAGAGGUCGUCGAUGUCUCAACCGGCAAAUCCGCCGACCAAGAACGCAACGAGCGCAACUUCUCCAAGCACUUCGACCACGCCCAACUCGUCAUGGCGACCAAAUUCCGCCUCGUCGACCUGCACUGGCUCCACAACCCACCGGAGUACAAGAUCGACAACAAAAUCGUCAACGACUUCGUCAAGCACUACGUCGAGCUCGCGCUGCAGAAAUCGCCCUCCGAAAAGAAAAUCGAAGAGGGGCACGGCCAGAAGGAGAAAUACGUCUUCCUCGAAGCCCUCGCGCAGCAAACCCGCGACCCCGUCGAACUCCGCGCCCAACUCCUCAACAUCCUCCUCGCGGGUCGAGACACGACCUCCUCCCUCCUCUCCUGGACCUUCCACCAACUCCUCCGCAACCCGUCCGUGUUCGCCAAACUCCGCAGCACCAUCAUCGAGACCUUCGGAACCUACGACAACCCCACCGACAUCACCUUCUCCACCCUCAAAUCCUGCCAAUACCUCCAAUACACCCUCAACGAAGUCCUGCGUCUAUGGACAAUCGUGCCGGGCAACGGCCGCCAAUCCAACCGCCCCACGACCCUCCCCCGCGGCGGCGGCCCCGACGGCUCCAAACCCAUCUUCCUCCCCGCCGGCCAGCAGGUCGACUACUCCAUCCACGUCAUGCACCGCCGCAAAGACAUCUGGGGCGACGACGCACUCGAAUUCAAGCCCGAACGUUUCUUCGGCAAACGCCCCGGCUGGGAGUUUCUGCCCUUCAACGGCGGUCCGAGGAUCUGUAUCGGGCAGCAGUUUGCGUUGACCGAGGCGAGUUAUGUGCUGGUGCGGUUGUUGCAGCGGUUUGACGCGAUUGAGGCGGCGCCUGGGGAGUUGGAGGGCCCGGUUACGAGUAAUUUGACGUUGACGAGUUGUCCGGCUAGGCCGGUGACGUUGCGGUUGAGGGAGGCUAGGGAUUAG